AUGAAAGUUGCUUGUGGUUCCGCCCUCGUCGGCCUGCUGCUGGGAGCAGCUGUUCCUGCUGCGUAUGCUGGACCUCAUGGCGGUCACAAGCCUCAGAAGAAAGGCGGCUAUACGACUACUACGACUCUAGCUCCCAAUCCACUGGAAACGCGCACGGAAUGCUUCCAGGUUCCAUACAGUGUCGAGAAGACGUGCUACAAGGACGAGCACGUUUCCCGCCCCUACACUUGCCCGUCGUCGUACAGUGAAGAAGUGUGCAGCACCCAAUUGAGGGAGGCGCAAGACUCGUGUACGCAGCUAGUGAAAAAGGAGGUUCAAUAUCAGUGCCCGAAGGCGACGAAACAAACGCUGUGCUCCCAGAUCCCCGUGACGCUCAACAAAACGUGCAAGAAGCAGGUCACGAACAAGAUCCCUAGUUCGUGCCCGAAGAUGGUGACUGUCCCCGAGUGCGAAAUUCAGGCCAGGCCCACGCAGGACGUUUGCCACGAGUCCGAAGCGUACACACAGGAGUACGACUGCUGGGGAUCUGAACUGCACCGCGAAUGCGAAGUGGACAUGCGCGUCAUUGAGUCGCAGUGCAACCGCGUUGUCGAUUCGCCGGUACCGUACGAGUACGAGGACACAAUUGUCGAGAGGGUCUGCUCCACGAAACUCCAUACCAAGGAGGGGCAGUGCAAGAAGACCAUCUUGACUGAAGAACAGUAUCCGUGCCCAGAGACAAAGUGGGAGAAAAGAUGUUUCGAGUCGUCCAAGCUUGUGCAGGAGCCUUGCCAAAAGCCCAUCGUGGCGCAGGAGACUUAUGACUGCAGCGAGACGAAGCGAGAAUCAGUCACGAAGACCUGCUCGCGUCGGGUCCCCAAGAAGGCCAAGGUGGAGAGAUGCCUGCCGGCAAAGGAACAUCACAAGAAGCUGAGACGCCUGGGUCCCGCGAAAAAAGGCGGCAACUGUUUCCUCGAGGAAGUCAUCUCCGAGGAGAUCGAGUCGUACCCCUGCACAGAAGACGUUGUUGUCGCAGUUCCGAAGAUCUGCACACGAGAUGUUCAGAAGACAAUCUCUGAUUUGUGCCCCAAGCAGGUGCCCGACACACAAUGCAGUAUGGAGUCGGUCCUGGUCCCCAAGAUGUGCGCUCGGAAGAUCACCAAGGAGGUUGACGUUCCAUGCCACGCGCAGGCGCAGCAAGAGGUGUGCCAGGAUGUUCCGCGCAAGGUCAAGAGGCAGGGAUACAGGUUCGAGAAGAAGAACGAGACAUUCCCUUGCCAGAAACACGAGUUCGAGGAGCGGUGCUACGAUGUCAAGAAACCAGCGAAGAACGUCUGCGCUGCAACGCUCUUCAGAACGGUCGAGAAGCCAUGCGCUCGCCAGGAGUUCCAGGAAGUGUGCAAGGACGUCGAGCAAAUCAUCGCUCAGCCUUGUCUGGAGGAGAAGCGAUCGGAAAUUGAAGUACCUUGCCCCGAGCAGAGCAUCGAGGAGAAGUGUAUCCACGUUCCGGUGUACGAGAUGGGUACAUGCACCACUGUCAUCCAGGAGGCAGUCGAGGCACCGUGCGCCAAGCAGGAGCCAGUGUUGCACUGCGAGGAGAAACCACUGGAACGGGCUGGCACAUGCUUCCGAAAGGAGACCAUUCAGGUGCCGUACACCUGCUAUGAGACUGCCUACGAGGAGAAGUGCGUUCACCUCCCCGUCACGGGCAAGCCCUUGCCCCCCCUGCGAAGAAGCUCUAGAUCAACAGUGCUACAUGUGAAUGACAGUGCCUUCAUUCCAUCACUGUGUUCUGGGUCCUUUUGA